AUGGCCACACGUCCAGCAAAGAAGGCCGGUUACUGGUACAAAUCUGAAGCAGCCGAGCUGAAGAGUGAGCUUCAGCAGUAUAUGGCGGCAGUUCCUGAGAGUAUCAAUGGAGCUCCUGUGCCUGUUCCCGGUGCACGUGUAGUGAUUGCACCUCACGCAGGUUACGAGUACUCCGGUCCCUGUGCAGCAUGGGCAUACAAGACUUUGGAUCUGAGCUGUGCCAAGCGCGUAUUUGUCCUGGGCCCAUCCCACACUUACUACCUUGAAGGAUGCGCAGCUACUAUCUUUGGGAAAUACGCAACUCCCUUCGGUGAUCUUGAAAUCGACGUGGACAUGGCCAAAGAGCUGGAGGAUGCGAUUAUGAUGGAGAAGAUGCCCCGGCAGGGAGAGAUCAACGAACACUCUCUGGAGAUGCAUAUGCCAUACCUGUACCUCCGCUGUGAAGAAACAUUCGAGACACCAGACAAGUUUCCCAAGAUUGUACCCGUACUUGUGGGCAGCAACACAGCGAAAGAGGAGAAAGUCAUAGGGCGAGCUCUGCUGCCAUAUCUCAGAGACCCCGAGAACGCCUUUAUCAUCAGCUCCGAUUUCUGCCACUGGGGUUCUGGCUUCAGCUACCUCCCUUACUCACCCACCAAUAGUCCUUCUGAUUUGACGCAACUAAAGAAGAGAGACCCUAAGCCCGACGGCCCACCGAUCCAUGAGACGAUCAGAGUCAUCGAUCAAGCUGCCAUGGAUGCUGUCGAGACUGGCAGUCAUGAUGCAUUCAUCAGUACUCUUAAGCAGACACGGAAUACGGUGUGUGGACGACAUCCCAUUGGUGUCACGAUGGCAGCACUGGAGCUGCUCCAAAAGGAAGCUGGAUUUGAAGAAAAAGGUCGCUUCAGCAUCAUUCAAUACAAUCGGAGCAACAUGGUUGAAGAACCCAAUGGCAUGAGCGUAAGCUACGUGUCCGCGUAUGCUGUACUCUGA